AUGGGAAUGGCGGAUUGGUUUGGGAUCACCAUAGACUGUCUAUAAAAGCCAUUUGAUAAUAAGUAUGUCACUUUAGAAUAUUUAAGAACAAUUCCUGUUAUUACAAACCUUUUUUAACCCACUAGGAAAACUCCAAUUUUCAUAUAAAAUGCUAAUUUAGUAUCCUCUUAAGCAAAUUAAAUCAGAAAUUGUUAUCAAUCAGCUUAAGGUGGCGCUUAUUACUUAGAAAAUACCACAUUUUAUGACUCAUAAAAUUCAACCUAUAGUUAUAAUUCAGCAUAACAAGGGGGUGUAAUUUAUUGCAAGUAUUGCAAAAUGAAUAUUUAAACAGCAUCCUUUCAGAAUAAUUUCGCAAACUCUGGAGGAUCAAUUUUUGCUGAACAAAUAUCUUAAAUCAAUCUUUUUAAUAUUAGUGUGAGGAAUAGUUCUGCAUAUCUUGAUGGAGGAUUUGUGCAUUUUUACUCAAACGAUUCAGCAAUUAACAAAAAUUCAUCAGAAAUCGAUAGCAAAGAUAGUUUAGGUCUGAGUUUUUAACAUACUUUAUAUCCUUAUUUGAUAGUAAAUGAUGGGAUGUUUAACUUCACUUAAGCGUUAAGAUCAGGUGGAUGCUAUUAUAUCAAUGCAAAUUACUCUGAGAUUUACAUUGAAAAUGUUAAAAGUCAAUUUCACAGUUAUGUGAUGCCAACCUCUGCUUCAUAUGGAGGACUAAUACAUGUUACAUAAGCCGAUAAACUCUAGAUAUCGAAUUCUAACUUUAUGCUAUUUAACUCAACAAAUGGUUCUUUUGCAGCUAUAAGAUCUAGAGGUAUCAUAGUUUACAUCUCUAACUCUAAUUUUGAUUAAAAUGUAAAGAAAUUUGACAGAAUUUCGAUUUCAUCUACAUUUAAUUAUGCUAGAACAUUUGGAGCACUAUUAAUAGAAAAUGGCAAACUAUUAUCACUUAACAGCAAUAAUUUUUCAAAUUGCUACUUUCCUUUUUCUGGAGGAGCCAUAUCCUUGAUAAAUACUAGUCUAGUAGAAAAUAAUACUAUUUAUAGAUCUAACUACGCCGUCCAAGGAGGAUCAUUUUAUUCAUCCCAGUAGCAAGAAUCAACAAUAAAUUCUAUUUAAAUUCAAGAAACGCAAGCUGCUUACGAUGGUUCUGGAUAUAUUGUUGAAAUAUAAUCCGGAAAUAUUUAUAUUUCUAACCUUUCUGUGAUUAAUGCAUCUUCUUACUUUUAUGGUUUCUUUGUAUUUUAAGAGUAUCCUUCAAGCUAUGGCACCAAACCUCCAAGCUCAAAUUUAACAGUUUCUUUACAAAAUAUAACUAUCUAUAAUACUUCAUCUUAGUAUGGAAGUCUAGGGAAUUUGACCAUUCAAAAUUGUACUUUAGGAUAAUAUGCAAUUUCCACACCAACAUUAGGACCUAUCACAUCUUUAAGCAUUAUCAAUAGUACUUUUAAAAAUAUAUUUCAAGGUGGAUGUCUCUUUACUUAUCGAAUAAAUGAUGUAUAACUAGAAAAUAUCAAUGUCAAUGAUGUUGAGGGUAUCAAGGAAUCAUUUAUUUAAGAUUAAGGUUCACAAAUCACUAUGAAGAACAUCUUUCUCAGCAACAUUAAACAAUUAGGUGAGGGUGCUAUCAAAUUACUGAUUGGAACAGUACCAAGAAAUAUUAGUAUCACAAAUCUUUUUGCUAAAAAUAUUUCAUCAAUAGCUAAGGGAUCUAUUAUUUAUCUAAACACUAGAAUAAGUUCUAAUGGAAAUGUUGGAUUAAUAUCUUCAGAAAAUUAAAAUACAUCUAUAACCAUAUAAGAUACUCUUAUUUAAUGCUCAGAUAAAUAAUCAGUGGCCUCAAACUAUUCUGGAAAUCAAAAUGGACUCAUAUAUUUUACAAAUUCUCCAGGCUAUUUAAAGACAUAAAAUCUAGAAGUUAGGUAUUUUCAAGGUGGCCUAAUAUUCCUAGAAAGAUCAAGAUAAGAUGAUAAUCAAUUAGCUAGCCUUAUCUUUUCUAAUUCAUUUCAGAUACUUAGAAACUAAGCUAGCAGGGGAGGAUUGAUAUUUAGUGACAAUUCAAACUUGGUUUUAAAUAUGAUUAAUAUAUCUGCCUAAAAUACAUCAUCAUCCUUAGAGGGAGGAAUUCUUUAUACAUUCAACUUAAAAUCUCUAAUAAUCAACAAUUCUAAAUUUGAGGGAUUCAAUUCCCCUGAUGGAGGAUUUAUAACGAGCACUUCUACUGACAUAACAAUGGAAAUUACUAAUACUAUUUUCCUUUGUAAUAAUGGCAACACCUAUCAAAGUCUUCGUAAUGACUUAUCAUCUUAAUCUAUACUUACUCGAGCAAAAGGAUAUUUAAGCAUAAGCAAUGCUAAAAAUAUCACAUCAAUUAAUAACAAAUUUAUUUAAUGUGGGAUAAGUUCCUCUGCUGGAGUUAUCAACUUGGUUAAAUCAAACUUUACAGAUUUUAAUUCUGUGUUCCAAGAUAAUGCAGGAUUAUAUGGAGGGGCUAUUAAUAUUUAGUAAUCUAAUGCAACAUUCAUAUAGUCCAAGUUCCUAAAUAACUAAGCUAUGACAGGAGGGGCGAUAUAUGUGGCAUCCGAGUCCUCUCUAUCUCUAAUCAAAUGUUUGAUUAAGUAAAAUUAUGCAUAAAUAACAAGUGGAGCCAUUUACCUUUCUACCUCUUCUAUACUUUAAAUCGAUCAGACAGAAUUCUAUGAGAAUGAAGCUACAGAAAACUCUGCUAUUGAGAUUCUAAGAUCUAGAGCUUCAGCAAAUGUAACGAUUAAGAAUAGCAUUUUUGAAGACAAUAAAUCUCAAAGAAAUUUAAUUUCAAUUAUGUAUUCAACCAUCUGGAUUGAAAAUACUUAAUUUCAUAACAACUAAGCCAGCUAAAGAUCAAAAAAUAUUUUAAGUGGAUUCAGUAAAAUUACUAUAAGCGGUUGUGAUUUUUACUAAAAUUAUAAAGAUCCUAAUUUAAUUUAGAUUAAAAAUGAGCAAACAACAGGUACUUUUAUUUUCUUGAUUUUCGAUGUUUCAAUUGAUAUUGUGAAAACUAGAUUUUAUGGGGGUGUCUCAAGUAAUGGUGGUUCAAUUUAUAUAUCAGGAAACAGUUAUAUUAAUAUUCAAGAAUCUAGAUUCAUGAACAAUUAUGCUUCAAAUGGUGGAGCUAUUUAUGCAUCUGGCUUUGAAAGUAUUUACAUUGGAAAUGAUACUGAAUUUACUAAUAAUUAGGCUAUUGAAAUGGGAGAGGAUUUGUAUAUUUCUAACUCUGAAAAUGUUGUGACUUUAAAUAAUGUAAAGAUUUCAAAGAAGUAUUCGUAAAACUCAAUAUAUAUUGAAUAAGCAUACUUGCUCGCCGAUUCUCUGAGUAUCUAAGCAGAUGAACCAGCUAUUAAUCUUAAAAAUGGGGCUGGAAUCAAUUGUAAUUAAUGCAGCGGAGUAAAACUAUCAAAAUCUUUAAUGAAUAAUCUAAGGGGAAUUGAAGGAGGAGCAAUAUAUAUAUACGAAUCUGACAUUAAUAAAGAAAGUAGUGAUAAAGAAAAAAGCGGUAAAUUUAUCAUCGAAAAUUCAGUGUUUAAGUUUUGCUCUGCUUACAAAGGAGGAGCUAUCGUCUUUGAGAAUCCAUAAUCUGUUUAAAUCAUAAGUACAAAAUUUUCGAUGAACUAUGCUUUAACAGGCUACAGCUAUACUCUAAAAAAUUAGGGAUCUGGUGGAGCUAUUUGCUUUACCUGUAGCUCGAGUUCUGGAAAUUGUAGAUUAGAUUUAACAGGAUAAAAUAUAUUUGAGCAGAACUAAGCUGAAGUUUAGGGUGGUGCAAUAUGCUGGGAUUAAAUUGAGCCUAACUAUUAGGAAAUUUAAAUUAAGUUUGAAAAAAAUCAUGCUAAUUAAUACGGUGAUAAUAUAGCUAGUUUUCCUUAAAGAAUAACUAUUGUUUCUUAAGAGAUAUAUCAAUAUCAAAUGAUAAAACUGGGUUUAAAAAGCUAUAGAGAUUUCGAUAGUAGGUAGAUUUAUACUUCAGAGAAUACUGAGUAAAUUACUAAUGCAGAUGUUAAAUCCUUAAGGAGUGGUGGGGAAAUUCCCAAAAUAUACAUUGCUUUGGUUGAUUAAUAUGGAUAGAUAGUUGGAUCAGACUUUGAAAGUAAAGUUAGAGUUCAAAUAUCCACUGUAAAUCUAAAUGAUUAAGAUUUGAAAUAUCCACCAGUGCUUGAGGGUACAACCGAUUUCCAGUCAACUGGUGGCAUUGCUGUGAUUUAAAACGCUCAAUUCACAGGCACUCCAGGCAGAAAUUACUCGCUUAGUUUCUAAACAGACGCAAUAGAUAUUAGUAAAUAAUCAGUCAUAUCAUAUUUGGCUAAAUCAAAUAAGAUUGAUACUAAGCUAGAGUUAAAUAUUGGAUUAAGAGAAUGCGAAAUUGGAGAAUAAUUGACAGUAUCAGGUAAAUGCUAGGAAUGUCAAAAUGGAUAUUCCUUAGUUAAAAUGACUGAGCCUGGCUUUUGCUAAGCAUGCCCAAGUGAUAAAGCUAUUUGUAGAGGUGGAUCUAAUAUUGGUCCUUUACCAGGAUUUUGGAGAAUGAGCAAUACCUCAUCAACUUUUGUCGAAUGCUUAUUUGAUCAGGCUUGUCUUGGAAUGGUAGAACCUUUAAACAAUUCCUUAGGUGAGUGUGCGUAAGGAUAUUAAGGAAUAUUAUGCUCUAAAUGCACAUUUGGCUAUUCUAGAGAUGGAGACUUCAAGUGCAUAGAAUGUCCAGAGAAAUUUCUGAAUAUUUUGAGAUUAUCAGCUAUUAUUCUAGUUAUUUUAGUUGUAGUUAUCUUUGUUAUAAGGACUACCUUAUCUGGUGCAAUGGAUAAAAGUAAUGUUGUAAGCAUUUUCAUGAAAAUUCUACUAAAUCAUUUCCAAUUAAUCAUGGUUACUGCUUCUAUGGAUUUUCACUGGUCUCAAUAAAUACUAGAUUUCUUUAGUCAAACUAAAAAAGUUGCAACAUUUUCAACUUAAAUAUUUAGCGUUGAUUGUUUCUUAGAUGAUAGAACUUCAAGUUCAAGUAAUACAGAACAAAUUCAAAAAGGUAUAAGAAUAUUCUUUUAAAAAAUGAUUCUUGUUGCUUUGCUUCCAUUCCUAUUAGCUAUUGGCUGUUACUGCAGCUGGAAUUUUAUUGGUUAUGUAAAGAAAAGUGUUACGAAUAAGAGAAGUAAAAUUAUGUCAAGCCUGGUAAUUGUUUUAUUCUUAGCUCAUCCAAGUAUAAUUUAGUACAUGUUCUAUGCUUUCAAAUGUAAAACGAUAGAAGGUUAAGAAAGAUUAUUAGAAGAUUUGUGGGUGAUCUGCUGGGAAAGUUAGCAUGAAUUCUGGAGUUACCUAGUAGCGUUUCCAAGUAUUUUGGUGUGGGGUUUGGGAAUUCCAUUUUUCGCAUUCUCAAUUUUAAUAAAACAUAGGAAAAGACUUGAGCAUCAAAUUACAAAGGAUAAAUAUGGGUUUCUCUACAGAGGAUUUAAAAAGGAAUUUUACUAUUGGGAAAUAGUUAUAAUGUAUAGGAAAAUCAUUAUAAUCUUCAUAGCAGUCUUUAUAAGCAACUUUGGAAUCAUAUCUCAAGCAUUAAUGAUGUUCUUCAUUUAAAUAUGGUAAGACUUUAUUUUAGAAUAUUAACUUGCUCUAUAGUUUCUUGCUAUUUAACUUUCAAAAAAAACCGUUUUAAACUAGCACAUUAAACGACCUUGA